AUGAUGAAACGUGCGUACUUGAGUUUUUCCUCGUCUCCGUUACUCCAAUUCAUUCAUUCGCAUCAUCACCAAUACCGACUCCGAAAUCAUGGUUUUCUGAAAGGAAAUGAUUCAGAAAAAAUCAUCUUGAUUGGAAGGAAUUUUUCAAAUUUUUCUGAAUUAAAUCAUCAUGCCCAGCAGCAACGAGAAUUUCAUACGUGCAAUAAUCUUCGUUCAACUAGUCAAGAGGAUGUUUUUGAAAUUAUGAAACAAAAAGGAGUUCAUGGAAGAAGGCCGUUUACCAAUUUGUUUUCCGGUUCCGAAACUUCAAAAGUGAUUAGUGAAACAAAGGUUACUAUCACCGAAGAGGAUGCAAGAAGAAUGGUGGAAAAGAUGGCAACAGUAGAUCAUUCUAUUGAUCAUUUCAGAAAACAAGUGGAAGAAUGUGCUGGGCUUCAUGACCGAACAGAACGAGUGAAUAGUAUUUUAUGGGAAAUGAAAAAGCAAGGCAAACAGCCAGACUUUGCAAUGAAAUUAUUAAUUAAUGAUGUUUUAGAAGGAAAACAACCUCGUAAACGCUAUGACGAGGCAAUUUUCACAGCAACAGACGCGAGUGAAAGUUCUAAAGAGACUGAAAAUAACGAAGAAAAGGGAAGCAUAACUUUUACUGUACAGACAGAAAGGAUUGAAAAGUUUACUGGUGUCAAGCCUGGUGAAAGCCAUGGUCAUAAAUCACAUGGCCCUCCCCCAGUCCAAACAGAGAAAAAUUUUAAAGACAAGGACUUUUUUGAACCUAUCAAGGCUGCAUUAAGCAAAACUCGAAGAGAAACGGAAGAAUCCAUUCGAUCCAUUUUCAAAGGUAAAUUUAGCAAAAAGGAUCAACCUUAA